AAAGGUGUUUUCCAGAAGAGAAAGAAAUAAAGAUGGCAUGUUAUUACUAUGUUCCAUUUCAAGGGCAUUGCUCCUUUCGAAAUCCCACUCUCUCUUUCUCACUUAACUUUAAUUUCAUCAACACAACUCACCAUCUUGCCUCUUCUUUCAAGCCCUUUUUGAGAGAAUUGGAGCAACAUGUUUUUGGAGUCGAUGUAGUGAAAGCUGCAGUGAAGAACACUUCUGUUAAGUUGCUUGAUGCAUUUGUAGAUUCUGCUUUCCAGUUUGUUGACUACCCUUUGGACCCAUCUCAGACAAACGCUGCUCCAGUUGAUGAAAUAAAAGAAGCUGCAGUUAUCACCAACAUCCAUGGCGAUAUUCCAUCUGAAUUUCCACAAGGAGUCUACAUAAGAAAUGGACCAAAUCCUUUGUUUGGGGGAUUGAAGUCAACCAAAUCUGUAUUUGGGGAGUCAAGUCCUAUAUGGGUUGAAGGUGAAGGAAUGCUUCACGCUUUGUAUUUCAGUAAAGACAUUAAUGGGAAUUGGACUGUUGUUUACAAUAACAGACAUGUUGAAACUGAUACAUUCAAGCUCGAAAAACUUCGAAACAAACCCUCUUUUCUUCCGGCCAUCCAAGGGGAUCCUCUUGCUGUUUUCACUUCUUUCUUGCUCAAUUUGGUGAGAUUUGGAAAACCGUUAAAAAAUAUAAGUAAUACCAACGUUUUCGAGCAUUCUGGGAAGUUGUAUUCCAUUGCAGAAAAUAACUUGCCUCAAGAGAUUGACAUCUUAACACUAGAGGCUUUAGGUGACUGGGAUGUUAAUGGAGCAUGGAACCGAUCAUUUACUGCCCAUCCUAAGAGAGUUCCAGGUACUGGGGAGCUGGUUACCAUGGGAAUUGCAGCAACUAAACCUUUUGUUGAAGUGGGAGUAAUUUCUGCUGAUGGGAAGGAAUUAGUUCACAAACUAGAUCUUAAACUCGAUAGAUGCCCACUUAGCCAUGAGAUUGGAGUUACAAAGAGAUAUAUUGUCUUCAUGGAUUGCCCACUAACUGUUGAUGUAAAUAGACUUAUUCAUGGUGGCAAGUUAAUAAAAUAUGAAAGUGAAGGAAAUGCAAGAAUUGGUAUAAUGCCUCGCUAUGGAGAUGCUGGUUCAAUCCACUGGUUUAAAGUGAAACCUAAUUGCACUUUUCACAUUUUCAACUGCUUUGAGGAUGGUGAUGAGGUUGUUGUAUUGGGGUGUAGAGCUCUUGCAUCAGUCAUACCAGGACCUGAUCCGGGUUCAAAAGAAUUUGCGUGGUUUCCAACAAAAUUUAAGCCUGCCCCUGGUAAACCAUUUGAAGAUGCCAUUUCAGAAGACCAGUUAUUGUUUCAUCGACCGUAUGAAUGGAGAUUGAACGUGCGCACCGGAGCUGUGAAGGAGAGAAACCUGAUAGGGGCUAAUAAUUUCCCCAUGGAAUUUCCCAUGAUCAAUGGAGCUUUUACAGGUUUGAAAAACAAAUAUGGUUACACCCAAGUAUGUCACUGCGACUCAAUCGCUGCCACAGGCAUGGGAAGAUUUGGUGGCCUUGCCAAGCUCUUCUUUGAAGAGCAAAAUACUGAAGAAGGAUCAAUCAAUGUAGAAUAUCACAUGUUUGAGAGGAACACGUACUGUACUGGAGCUGCCUUUGUCCGUAAGGAAGGAGGUGCUGAAGAAGAUGAUGGUUGGAUUAUCACGUUUGUUCAUCACGAAGACACUAAUAUAUGUCAAGCUUAUAUAAUCGACACCAAGAACUUCCUCAAUGAGCCAGUUGCUAAAAUUACACUCCCAUGCAGAGUCCCGGAUGGUUUUCAUGGAGCUUUUAUGCCAAUCCAACUGCUAAACAAAAUGUGAUGAAAAUCCCAUAUACCUUUCUAUCUAUCUAUUCAAGUGUGUUAGCAAUGGUUAGCUUAGAGACUGUUAGUCUGUUAUCAGUUAGUUACUUAGUCUGGUGUAUAAUUGGUUAGAAGCAGUUACUCCUAUUCGAGUAUAUAAACAUCAACUAAGCAAUUUCUCAGUUAAUUCAUCUCUUCCAAUUUGUUC